AUGAGCCCCGCCGGCAUGCGCCAAGGCGUCUGCCUCGAACUCGCCGAGGUCAUCCAGUGCUCCCUCAAGAGACAACUCGACGAUUCUGUUGAGUCGCUUGUCGUUGCGGUCGAAGACGUACUUUGCGACGCGCCGCCCGAGGUCCGCCACGCGGCCGGUGGUGCGUUCGAUGUCUUCCACAAGAGCAUGGGCUACCGCUCGUGGUCAAGGUCAAGUCGCGCGAGGUGCUUCCGUACCUCGUGCCGCGCCUGCUCACGACGCCGAUGGCCUUGUCCUACGUCCAAGCCAUCACGCGCACUGCGUCCGUCUCGGGUGCUGCACUACCACAUCGACCGCAGCCUUCAAGCGCUCUUUAACAACACCGUUUCGGUCGUCACGAGCCGCCCGGACGACGAUAGGGUGGCAGCGAUCCAGCACUCGGUGCGUGCGGUUGCGUUGAGUGUCGAGGCGGCCGGUGUCCAGUGGCUUGCCGCUGAGAUUUGCAAGUACUGCGAAACCAACAUUGCCGAGACGCGGUAUCUUGCGUGCUGGCUCAUCGCAGCCUUGUCCCAGUCGGCGACUGUCUCGUACGUCGAGUAA